AUGAUGCAGCAGCCACCACCCGGAGCUAUUCUUCCCCAUCACGUUCCUCCUCCGUCUGCUCAACAGCAGUACGGUUACCAGCAACCGUCCCCGUACGGGAUUGCUGGGGCUGCUCCGCCGCAGAUGUGGAACCCGCAAGCGGCGGCGCCGCCAUCAAGUCAGCCAAUGACCGCCGACGAGAUCCGGACUCUUUGGAUCGGAGACUUGCAGUUUUGGAUGGAUGAGAAUUUCCUCUACGGUUGUUUUGCUCAUACCGGAGAGGUUCUGUCUGUUAAAGUCAUCCGUAACAAGCAAACCGCUCAGGUUGAAGGUUACGGUUUCAUUGAGUUUGUGUCUCAUGCCGCUGCUGAACGAGCUCUGCAGACAUACAACAGCACUCCGAUCCCGGGCCUUCCCGAUCAGCUUUUUAGAUUGAACUGGGCCUCCCUGAGUUCAGGAGACAAACGGGACGAUUCACCGGAUUACACUAUAUUUGUCGGUGAUCUGGCCGCUGAUGUCACGGACUACGUCUUACUCGAGACGUUCAGAGCCUCUUAUCCUUCGGUGAAAGGUGCGAAGGUUGUCAUCGACAGAGCCACUGGGCGUACAAAGGGAUAUGGCUUUGUUAGGUUCUCCGAUGAGAGUGAACAGAUUCGUGCGAUGACGGAGAUGAACGGUGUUCCUUGUUCAACUAGGCCUAUGAGAAUCGGGCCAGCAGCCAGCAAAAAAGGUGUAUCUGGUCAAAGAGAUUCAUACCAGAGUGCUGCUUCAGGGGUUCCAACUGAUAAUGACCCAAACAACACAACUGUUUUUGUUGGUGGAUUAGAUGCCAUUGUCACGGAUGAUCAUCUGAAGAAUGUCUUUAGCCAAUAUGGUGAGAUUGUUCAUGUGAAAAUACCCGCCGGAAAGCGCUGUGGAUUCGUUCAAUUUGCUGAGAAGAGCUGUGCAGAGGAAGCUCUUAGAAUGUUGAAUGGAAUGCAAUUGGGUGGAACAACCGUCAGGCUUUCAUGGGGCCGGAGUCCUUCAUCGAAACAGGCAGCGGACCAGAGUCAGUAUUAUUACGGCGGGUAUGGACAGGGACAGGAGCAUUAUGGCUACUCGAUGCCGCAAGAUCCUAAUGCGUAUUACGGAGGCUACCCUGGCGGGUAUCAGCAGCCACCACAGGCGGGCCAGCAACCGCCUCAGCAACCGCCGCAGCAGCAACAAGUCGGAUUUAGCUACUAG